AUUCAGUCGAAGUUAAGAAUAUUUGAAAGCUCAUACAUUUAGGUGGAUUUACUUAAUCUGAAGUAGUCUUUUUUUAUAGGACUGCUAUAGAUGUCAGCCUUAUCAGGUUACAAAGGAUCAACAUAGCUCUGGAUUUUAAAAAAAACAACUUUUUUACUGGCAGCUUUCAGGGAUUUGACUGAAUGGUGGCAGAAGAAGAAGAAGAAGAGAUAAGAUAUCAGGUGACAGGAUGGCUGAAGAUGGACUCACUAAGUUCAGCUUUGAGUUUUGGCUGCACAAGACUCUUAAGUGGGGUCAAAGCACCACUCCAGAAUCUCAGCAAGAUGUCUGCCUUCACUUGCCUGAAUUGCAGGAAUUUCUGUUGCAGAUUUAUGGAGCUUUGAAACAUAUGAACUGUACUACCGCUGUCCAGCAGUUUCCAUUGCUUGGUCAGUUAUUGGGACGACUUUGUUGGAAUCCCCUUGUCAUUGCCUAUGAUGAAUGCCAGAAGAUUCUAAUGUGGUGCUUAUGUUGUCUGUACAGUGGUGAACCACAGAACCCAGUGGAAUUGAAGGCCAACAGCUGGAUACAAAGCUCAUUGUGCCAUCUGUUGUCAAUUUCUGGACUGGGAAGUCAUGACACUGGUAUUAACAGCUUUAUUUCUGCUCUUGGCUUCACAUCUGCUGAUUACCAUUCUAAACUCCUUGAAAAUGUAGUCUUAUCUUUAGUGACAGAAAUCAGUAGAAAUCGAUCUAAUCGAUUCAAGAAUCAAAAAAGCAUUUCUUCUCAAAUAACAUCAAUGUCCCUCUUCUGUGUACCUCUUAUAACUUUGCCUGAUGUCACACCAUUGGUUGAAGCCCUUCUUAGCUAUCAUGAUGAUGGAUCACAAGAGGUUCUCAGUUCUGCAUUUUUAGAAGCUGUGAAUGAGGCCAUGUUACAGAAACAGAUUUCAUUGUCUGAACCUGCUGUGCUGCAGUUGUGGCUUCGUCAUCUUCCUAGUCUGGAGAAAGCAGUACUCCAAACGUUUGAAAAUUUAAUCUCCAUUCAGCCAUGUUCAAUGCAAGAAAUGGCAUAUCUGAUAAAAGAUUCCUUACUGGACCGAGCUAUAUGCCAUCCAGCUGUCUUCAGAACAAUUGAUGAAAUUUUAAAGAAUGCACUGCUGGAAACUGAUGGAGCACCAGAAGUAAUGAGUGUAAUGCAGGUGUUUACACAGUGCUUUGUUCAGGCUUACCAUAACAAUAACAAGCAGCAUAAGUUCCCACUGAAAGCCUACUUUCCUCACAAUCCACAUAUGCUUGUGAUGGCUCUUCUUAAACAUCCCAAAGAAAUGUCAGCUGAAGGUUUACGUCAGCAUUUGAACCACAUUGCUGAAAUACUCAAAACAACAGUAGAAGCUACAGGCACCAGGUCUUGCAGCAACCUCUUUGAGAACUGGUUUUUGUUCAUUCAUUUUGGAGAAUGGGUUGAUAUCGCAGCAGAGCAGUUGGUGUUGUCACAAUAUGAAUCUACAGACGCUUUACUGUGGCUUUUGGUAUUUUACUAUGAACCAAAUUAUGAGAAUCAGCAGAGGUCUCAAACAAUGAUAGAAGCAAGAUCUGUUUGUGAUCAUCUGACAACCCUGUCAAGAACUGCAUCCAUUUCUGCCACAGAACUGCAGACUGCAGUUAGUAGCCGAACAGGAAUAAGACAACCUGGUAUCAAACACGUGGUUAGGCAUCUGAUUAUCAGCUUUCUGCUCUUUACCCCUGGUGGACAAGUAAUAGCCAGAGAAUUUAUUGAUGGUUUUGCAGUUGGAAGCAGUGAAAUCUCAGAAGUUAUUGACCUUCUUGCCCAUCUUUCAAACAGAGUGAGCCAGGCUGGAAUGAAAUAUCAAAGAACUAUCACACUGGUGAAUGAUCUUCUCCAGAAACUAAAAAGCGAUCUGAAGUUUUUACAGUAAUAUUCAGUUUGGCCCAGCCAUCAGACACACUAAUCAGACUGUUGAUAGAAGAAGAGAUGGUAUUAGAUCUUUUUUCAGUUUCUUUCCAAACUCUGAAAUAGAGAUCUGUAUCCAAUAUUUGUGUGAAAUGUGCAAAUAAAUUGUAAAUAUGGUUGUAAUUGUUAUUAAUGAUUGCAUAUAAUGUCUGUGAUCCAACAAUUCCAGAGUAGUGUAAAUAUCUGCAUGCAGACCUGCUUUAUGCUGAGCCAUGCCCCCCCAAAAAACUUUUACUAAAAAGCCUCUAAAGACAUUCCAUGGUUCCUGGUGAGCCGGAAGAAUUAAAGAAGUAUCUGGUUAUGUCCCCAUAGCCAGAUGCAAAAUGUUCACAGCUUCACUGAGACCCGUGGAGGCUGGUGUCAUCAUUUUGCAUCUGGCUAUGAAAACAGCCAGAUGCUUCCUUGAUCCUGCCUGCUCACCAUGAAGCACAGAAUGGCCAUACAGGGCAGCUUCAGAGUCUUUUCAGUAAGGGGCCAAGGCUUUGGGUGCUGUGGAGGGAGGGAAUACCAACAGUGCCUGAUAAAGGACAUCCACUUGUGUAUGGAAAACUUACACAUGCAUAUGUUCCUAACAGAACGCCAGUCACCAAGUAAUACUAUUUCUCAAGUCACACAUAGAUUAGGAUGUGCUUAUAGCCAAGAAGUACUUUUUCCCACUUCACAUAGUUCAAGUUGUCUCAUAAGGCUAUAAACAAAUUAUAAUGGUAUUGAAGUAUUUCCCUCUAAAUGCUAAUAAAUCUAAGGUGCCCUUUGAGGGUUGACUGG